CAAAAGAGAACAAACUUCCCACUGCCUAGAGGUUACAGAGACUGGACUAUGGUUUAGGGACCGCCUAGCUACAAAGGAGGAGCCUUGCCUGUCAGGAUGGGGCAAUAGCUGGUCAGAUAAAUUACCCAGAGAGAGGUGGUAAAUACUUGUUUUCAGUCAUCACCUACAAGAAGUUAACCUCUGGAAGGUAGCCGCUCCAACUAGGGACGUGCUGAGUGAGACAGAGGACCACUUCAUUCCUCUGCUGCUUGCCAGACAGGGCUGACCACCAUGAUCCAGGCUGCAUUGCUUCUUGGCUGUAUCUUAUUGUCCCCGGUGACCGCCUUUCCGUGGAAGACGCAGAAUGGUGGCCUGCCAGCCGUCACAGGAACCAAACCCACACCAAAUGUGCUCCCCAACAAGAUUCCUCCUCCAACCCCCAUUACCUGUCGGGACCUCUUGUACACGGUGCUCCCCACCGCUCCUCUGUCUGAGUUCUUGUCCCUCUUAGCCCUGAGAGUUGUCCUGGAAAACAUUGGCUGCCCUGCCGAGGCCUACGCUCUGCAGCUUCGGCUCAGUGAAAUGGGAGGAAAAGACAGCGCGGAAACCCUGGUCCUCCAGAGUCAAAAGCGUAGCCAGGAAGAAGGGAUCGACAACAAUGAAGUCAUUCUGAGGCAUCUGGUGCCAUCCCCUGGGGAUAAGAGGAGGGUCCGGCGCUCAGUUACCCUGCCUGAGGCGUGCACCUCUGAACCCGGGUGGGUGUUGUAUGAGUUGGCCCAGGUGCUGCUGGAGACGGCGAACAAGCUCCCUCCUAUUGACCUAGUAAGAGAGCUCAAGGCCUCUGCAGUCAAUGUCACCCAGCACUGUACCAUGGAGUCUUGGGAAAGUAUGAAUGAAGUAGCCAGGAGGCUAAUGAGUAGCCCAGAACUUAAUGAUGCCAUGAUUCCCGUAGAAGAUCGAGUAUACCUCGUUGCUCGGCUUGCAGUCGUUUUAAAGCGUAUUUUUGUGAACCUUGUGUGGGAAUAUUUUCAGACCUAUUUUGGAUAGACACGGCCUCCUAGGCAUGGAAUGAACUUUCUCAUAGCCCUUUAGUAGGUGUGUACACAGCAGCUGCCCACGGUGUGUAGCUAGACGCUGGCUGCAUUUUACAAUUCAUACAUUGUCUUCCUUUGAUCCUAAUGCGUGAAGACACUUGAUAUGACUUCAAUCUUUCAGUUUCUAAAUGCUAUGGGUAUUGCAAUUUCCCUCUUUAAUACUUUUUAAUUCCCUGCUUAAUGCCUUUUAAUUCCCCAGCUGAAUUCUGGGCCUUGGUUGUACUCAUAUUGUUUUGGGAUAUUAAGGGAAGGAAGGUUUAUUGUUUUGUUUUGUUUUGUUUUUGAGACAGGGUCUGACUGGGUAACUCUGUCUAUCUUGGAGAUCACAGAUCCACCUGCCUUUGCCUCCACCUGCUAAGAUUAAAGGUGUGCACCACCAUG